AUGUAUUAGUAAAAUUUAAAUACAUUUGAUAUAGAUUAGGGAGAUGCUUAAAUGGGAUAUAAAUCAUUAUUAAACGAUGAAAAUAUUAGAAUCCAGUUCAUACGCAAGGUGACCAUUAUUAUUUAAUUUAGGUGUACUUAAUUUUAAGCUUUCAAUUACUAUUUACAACCAUUUUUUGUACAUUUUCAUACUUCUCAACAGGAUUCGCUGUUUACUAGUUAUAAAAUACAUGGCUGUUUUAUGUUUUGUUAAUAGUUGGUUUGAUUUGUGAGAUUUCUAUAAUAUGUUGUAAGAAGUACUACAAUUUUUUUAUAAUUUUAGUGUUUCUAGAAAAGUUCCAAAUAAUUACAUCAUACUAGGAAUAUUUACAUUUUGUGAAUCUUGGAUAGUGAGUUACAGUUGUUCAAUAGCAUAUUUGAUUUAUCCAGAAAAUGGGGCACAAUUGGUCCUUAUUGCUGCUGUGCUGACAUUAGCAAUAACGAUAUCCUUAACCAUAUAUGCUUUCACAACUAAGUCAGACAUUACAAUGGCUGGAGGAAGUCUCUUUAUAUUUUCAGCAGUGUUACUCGUAUUGGGAUUACUGUGUUUGAUAUUCAAUUCAAAGAUUAUACAUAUGAUAUAUAUUGGUGGAUUGGCCAUUUUAUAUGGAUUCUAUUUAAUUUAUGAUACACAGUUAUUGAUGGGAAACAAAGUAACAAUAUAUUAUAAAUUUUAGGAAUAUUCUUAUUCUAUUGAUGAUUACAUAGUUGCUGCAUUAUAAAUAUAUAUUGAUAUAAUAAUGUUGUUUUUAUAAUUGUUGUAGUUAUUAUUGGAAAUAUUUGGAAAAAAGGAAUGA